AUUUGACAGAAAGUAGGGCAAAAUGCCAACCACGGCAGCACUGCAAGCGGCCGGCUUGAAUGUGUGUGAAUUGAGACAGAUUAUCAAAUUGGACAGAGAAGCCACGAAAGAGCUCCAGUCACGUACAGACAAACUCCGAAGAGAUCUAAGGAACGGAGGAGUUUUGCCAGAGAAGACAGUAGAAAUGAUGGAAGACCUCAAUAAAGACAUGACCAGGGAGCUCGUACAGAAAAUCGAGAAGAUAGAAUCGCAAGACGCACUUACGACCACUGAUCGCGAACUCCUACAAGCACUCAACGCUCAACUUGCUAAGUGCGACCAGUCAGGAAUGAAGUUGGCAGAAUUGCGAGAUCUGGAAGAGGAGCUUCAGCGCAGAAGACGAGAUUCUGGUUACAAAGAUACUCUGCCUUUAGGCGGCACACCUCGAAGAAUCAGCAAAGCCAGCGCACGAUACACACCGGCUGAGAAUCCUCAUACAAUACCGAUACGAACAAGUAGCAAUCUCCCGCCACCUCCGCCAUACACACCGACAUACAGUCCGAGCAGCAGCGAUCCAACAUUAACGCCGCCAUCAUCUCGGUCACCACGCUCCAGCAACCAUUCACUAGAACGAGUAGACAGUAGCCAAGGUCGCAGUCGGAAAAGCAUGGAACGUACGCGACCGCCAUCCUUCAUGCCACCGACAAUGUCCACGAGUCCAAGAUUUCCACCUCCUCCAACCUCACCAAUCAUGCCCGCAUCAGCUCCAAUGAGCUCUACUCCACCAACUCCACCCUCUCCAAGAUCUUUCAGAAGCAUGCCAUCACCUUUUGCACCGGCUGUGCACCCACCAUUUACCUCUCCUUCGGAGCCUAUCCGCAGAAGCAGCAGUAAUAAACGCGCCUCUGCAAGUGGAACAGGCGAGUACCAGUUCUACUCGUAUGCCGACUACGAUGACAGUGACGAUGAAGCAAUUCAUGCGGAAUGGAGCAAGACAGACUGGCCAUUGCUGUAUCGAAUCCUAGAUAUCAACCCUUCGACUGAUCCGGAUGUUCUUUUGCUUCUUGCGAAGAGGUAUGCUGAGUACCAAAAUGUACAUCACAAAAUGGACGUGGGCUAGCAUGCUGACAAUAUCCCCACUCACAGACAACUCGAACGUCUCUCCCUCCGUCACAAUCCGAAUCGAAAUCCCGAGGAUCCCGAUGCUCCUUCAAGAUGGGUAAGCAAAUUCUCACGAGUUUCCGUUGGAUCGUAGUACUAACCACAUGCAAUGAACAGAUUGCAAUCAACAAAGCCUAUGACGUUCUCACACACCCG